AUGGCGAAUAAUGGGGUUCAUCAACCUACACAAGCCAAGCUUCUAGCCCAGAUUGCUGAGCUCCAGGUAGAAGUUCGAAGGAUAGUCGAGCUGUCCACCCAUAACAAUGCCGGGAAGAACGAGAAAGGAAACUCCAAAAGCUCGGCCUUGGGUACAAUCUCCUCCUUCGAGGAGCUGGCGAGGUCUUUCAUUAAUUACUUUGCCGCAUCAAGGAUAUACGUACAUGGAUCAGAUUACCUCAGCACAAUUAGGCAAGGACAACAUGAAAGUCUAAAAGACUACAUGACUCGGUUUGCCGAAGCAACCAUGGAGAUCCCAGACUUAGACCCCGCAGUGCACUUACACGCACUAAAGACCGGUCUCCGACCUGGUAGGUUCCGAGAAACAAUCGCAAUAGCAAAACCAAAGUCGCUAGAAGAAUUCCAAGAAAGAGUCGCGGGCCAAAUGGAGAUCGAAAAACUCCGCGAGGCCCAAAAGGCGGACAAGCAACCAAUCAGAAGAGAAGAGGAGAAGACCUUCAAAUCGUCAAAUAAUAAAGAACAAAAGAAACCCUUCAAGCUCACACCAAAGUUCGAUACCUACACCAAAUUCAACACUAAAAGGGAGGACAUAAUCAAAGAGAUCUUCAACGCCAAAAUAGUGAAACCUUCUGCUCGGGUAGGAAGCUAUCAAGAUCAGCGAUUCGUGGACAGGAGUAAACAUUGUGCUUUCCACCAAAAGUAUGGGCACACAGCGGACGAAUGCGUAAUAGCCAAAGACUUGAUAGAAAUGUUAGCUCAGCAAGGACUCCUAGACAAAUACGUCGAGGGGUGA